UAAAGGAUGAUAUAUCUUGGAUAUUUCCUGUUUCUUUUUUGUGGGCUCACGCGUGUCAUGGCAAGUUACCCGAUAUGGUGGUCUCUGGCGAUGGGACACCAGUACACUUCAUUGGGUACUGAGCCCAUCCUGUGCAGCUCAAUCCCUGGUCUGGUACCCAAACAGCUCCGCUUCUGCCGCAACUAUGUGGAAAUCAUGCCUAGCGUGGCAGAGGGGGUGAAAAUCGGCAUCCAAGAGUGUCAGCAUCAGUUCCGUGGCCGCAGAUGGAAUUGCACAACUAUUAAUGACAACCUGGCCAUCUUUGGACCAGUGCUGGAUAAAGCCACUCGAGAAUCAGCAUUUGUCCAUGCAAUUGCCUCAGCGGGGGUAGCGUUCGCUGUGACGCGGGCUUGCUCUGAGGGCUCCGUCACCAUCUGCGGCUGCGACACACGGAGGAAAGGACCGCCAGGCGAGGGCUGGAAGUGGGGCGGCUGCAGUGAGGAUGUGGAGUUUGGCAGCAUGGUAUCCCGAGAGUUCGCUGAUGCUCGUGAGAAUCGGCCAGACGCUCGCUCAGCUAUGAAUCGACACAACAACGAAGCUGGACGUGUGUCAAUCACAGACCACAUGUACCUGAAAUGUAAGUGUCACGGCCUUUCGGGAAGCUGUGAGGUGAAAACCUGCUGGUGGUCGCAGCCUGACUUUCGGGUAAUAGGCGACUACAUGAAGGACAAGUAUGACAGCGCAUCAGAAAUGGUGGUGGAGAAACAUCGAGAAUCACGAGGCUGGGUCGAGACCUUACGACCGAAGUACACCUUCUUCAAGCCCCCUACCGAAACUGACCUUGUCUACUAUGAAAGUUCGCCUAACUUCUGUGAACCUAACCCAGAAACCGGCUCCUUCGGCACCCGUGACCGUAUAUGUAACCUGACAUCACAUGGUAUCGAUGGCUGUGACUUGCUCUGUUGCGGACGAGGCCACAACACUCAAACUGAGAAACGCAAGGAGAAAUGCCACUGCAUUUUUCACUGGUGCUGCUACGUGAGUUGCCAGGAGUGUACGCGAGUUUAUGAUGUCCACACCUGCAAGUAAGAAACCACCAAAACCAGAUUGAACCAGACAUUUGGGGUUGUGAACAUAGGAGAGCCUUCUGUCCGAAUCUUGUGGACUGAAUUGAAUUGUUUGUGGUUUCACUGAUAAGAUAAUCACAAAAAAGAGAUACAGUGGACAGUGAAGUAAUUCUAGAACACCAUCAAAGAAAGCUGUUUCAACAGACACAAAGAAAAACCCAUAAAGGCUUUGUUCUCCAUUGUUGAGGACAAAUACAGGCCUGUGGCUCAGCUCUGGAAGGGACUUAUCGUUUCCAGUCUGAUACAGGAGGGGAUAAGUGAUGGAUCAGAUUACUAGAGACUCAGGCCCUUGGGACCUUGACCAAUUGUGUCUCCAAGAAGAGAACAGAAACCUUUCAAAGAGAGAGGUUUUGUCGGCACGUGGCUGCAAACUCAGAUGGGACAACUCUGUAACAACAAACGCAGCACAAACUGAAUACCAGGGUUUGCCCACAAGCGCCUCUGAAAUGUGGUGAUAGUUGCAUUAUUAAUGAUAGCCUUACUACUAACACCAUUAAAGAAGCUAUUUGUAUCUUUUUAAUACAAAGUGCAUUCCAACAUUCCUGAAUACCAGCAAACAACUGAUUAACCAAUUUUUUAUGACAUAUAAUACACUUUAUGUUGUCUCUGUGUGCAAGACCAAACACUGAACUUAUGUAUUAGGUUGAAUUUAUUGUAAGUUACUAACAUUAGGUUAUGAAUGCACUUGUAUCUGAGUGAAUGUCCAUGCAUUGUGUAUAUGUCACUGUUUUCUUGAAAUGUUAAAUGUUUAGAGUGCUAUAACACUUGGUUUGAUUGCUUGGUCCAAACCAGAGUUCAGUUGCUUCCCCUUUUCCCUGCCCCUGCUGGGUUGUGUUCACACUGUAUUUUUGGGUCCAAACCAUGGUAAGCUUGUGUCAUCAAAGCAGCAGCUGUUCACCCUGUUGCUAGAUAACAACUACGUAGGAGAAGACUGUGAAAUGGACAGCCUUGCUCAGUUUUGUACUUCGGUUUUUUAACCCUUAGGCUUCUUUCCGAAGGGUCAACACAGAACAGCACGAAUGUAUUUCAAAAGUUCCAAAGAACAUCUGCUUGCAGUGUGUCAGUCCUGCUUGUCAGGAAAGUGAGUGAGCCACUGAUCUAUGUUCUUUAUUUUAGAUCAGAGCACACACAAGCACAUAAUCUGACUAUAUAAUAUGCCAUCAGAGGUUCAAUUAAGCAAUUCAGGAUGAUUGCAUUCAUAUCUGCAGUAAAUUUAACUUGUGGACUUGUGUUUGGCUCACAAGUACCCACCAGAGUUCAGAAAACAGCGUUCACAUCAUCCAAACAAGCUGAAAUCUGACUUCAAACUAACCCAGUCGUGCACCAGAAGUGCUAGUGUGAAAGCACCCAGUUUUCCCCAAAGAUCAAUAAUCUAUUAAAGCUAAAACAAAUAGAUGUGAGCACUUCUAUCUUGAAAUGGAGCAUAAUAUUCAUUUGCCUUAUUUGUGUGUGACAGUAUCAUUGAUAUUUCACAAACAGAUAGGUCCACGACAUUUCAAAAUGAAUAUACAAGGUAAUUUUACCUGAAGUAGCUGAAACACUGUUCAUUUGUAAGUCCUUUGGAUAAAGGCAUCUGCUAAAUCAAUAAUAUAAAUGUACAUGCAGGGUCCAAAAUUAACACUUGCCAAGUGUCUCCAGUGCAAGUAUAUAAUAAUUGAAAAUAAUUAUCAUUGCCACAGUAUCACGACUGCUAUAUUUUCUCAACUCACCCACCUUUGACCGAUGGUGAAAAUUAUUUUUGUAAUUAUUAUUUUUCAUUUAUUGAUUUUUAUUUGUGUUUGGUGAAAGGUUAAUUUUGGACCCUUAUUAGAAAUUUUGUUUCUGCUAUGACACAAUGAAUUAUUUAGUUUUUAUUCACAAUUGUAAUUCUCAAGUAUUUUUCAUGUUUGCCUUUAAUAGCCAUUAUAUGUGAAUUCAUGACCAAAAUUAAUGUUUUUUUUGUUUUUUGUUUUAUUCUAACUUUCCCUACCCAGUUGUACAUGACAGUUAGCAGCAGUGCAGAAACUAAAUGAACUACCCUCAUUUAUAAUGCUGCUAACUAAUAACAGGUUUGUUGUUAUAUUUAUGCGUGAUAUUGUGCUUGUGCAUUUGUGUUUCUCUGUGUAAAUCUACUGUAUGUGUCUUGGUGUUUGUAUGUAAAUGUGUCUGUAUAUGUGCAUGACUCUUUUUUUUUUCUUCUUUCUGUGAAAGACACUGUGUAAGCAUAGUUAAGAACUAAAAUGUGAAGUUUUCUACUAAUGGAAUCUUGAUAGAGUUUGUGUUCAUUAACCAAAUAGAGAUAUUCUAACACUUUUGUGAGUCCUUUUGAACAAUAGAUUAUAAAAUAUGUAAUGUAUGAAAAUUAAAAUGCAUAUUGUGUUAUUAAAAGCCACGCUAUAUUUUGACAAAGUAGCACCGAAAACAGCUUUCUGAAGAAAAUACACGGUCCAUUCACAAUAAUGAUAUUACAUUUUUUUAAAUAUUUGUAACUAUUAAACAUACAGGAGAUUAACUAUUAGUCAGUCUAAUAUUGCAAGGAAAUGUGAGAAGGCAGAGAUAAAAGCCCAGCUUGUAAAAUUCUUUGGCAGAAGUUCUUUUCGCAGAUCUUUCCUCAAAGAAAAUUAACUCAAGUUUCCUCUUGCCCAUCUCACACUGAUUUAAUCUCUCAUCAAUCAGGGAUCAUUUCAAAGCACAUGUCCUAUUCAGCAUUCCACAAAGCUUUAUUUAACAUAAUGAUCCGCCCCUAACUACAAAAUCAAUACUUCAUAUUUUUAUGUGUACAUCACUGCAUCUAAAUUUCGAUUGUUUGCUUCCACACAGUUCAAUUUGUAUUCUAAACAUGGUCUUAAAUUCCAAAGUUUUGUAUGGACUAGUUCUGUGUUUAAGGAUUUCUGGAAGUUCUGGAUUUUUUAUGAUUAUUUAUUUUACUGUAAUGUAUAUAUUAGCAAGAGUAUAUAUUUGCUGACAAAAGAUUAUUACUCGUGAGGAAAAUGUUGUUUUGUGUAAUGGUUUUACCAGCAACCAGAAUCUGUUGUUGCUUCUUUUUUCACUGACCACAUAGGAUGCACUGUAUGUCCUGCUCUCUGUUAUUA